UUAGCUGAAUCAGUAUCAGUAGUAUCCAAUGGAAAUUUUUUCUGUCGUGAUUUUUAUUGUUUCUUAUAUGCUCGUUCCAUCUCUCAAAAUUUCCGCAGCUACCCUCGAUGUGUCACAGUAUGUCACAGACGGUGAGACCUUGGUGUCCAACAGUGGAGUUUUUGAGCUUGGUUUUUUCAGCCCGGGAAAAUCCACAAAGCGUUACCUGGGGAUUUGGUAUAAAAAUAUUACUAGUGAUAGAGCUGUUUGGGUUGCAAACCGGGAAAACCCUAUCAAUGAUUCCUCAGGCAUCUUAACAUUCAGCACCACAGGCAAUCUUGAGCUCAGACAAAAUGACUCCGUUGUUUGGUCUACUAACUAUAAAAAACAAGCACAGAAUCCAGUAGCAGAGCUCUUAGACACUGGAAAUUUUGUGGUAAGAAAUGAGGGAGACACAGAUCCAGAAACGUACUCGUGGCAAAGCUUUGACUAUCCUUCAGAUACACUUUUGCCCGGAAUGAAGUUGGGAUGGGACCUCAGAACCGGUCUGGAACGCAAACUAACGUCUUGGAAGAGUCCUGAUGAUCCAUCUGCUGGAGAUUUCUCUUGGGGUCUAAUGCUCCAUAAUUAUCCUGAGUUUUAUCUGAUGAUUGGAACACACAAGUACUACCGCACUGGACCAUGGAAUGGACUUCAUUUCAGUGGAUCAUCAAACCGAACUCUAAAUCCGCUGUAUGAGUUCAAGUAUGUCACUACAAAUGAUCUCAUUUACGCCUCCAAUAAGGUUGAGAUGUUCUACUCGUUUAGCCUCAAGAAUAGUUCUAUCGUCAUGAUAGUCAACAUAAAUGAAACCCUAUCUCAAAUCCAAACCCAAGUAUGGUCGGAGGACGGGCAAAUAUGGGUGAUUUAUGAAACUACCCCAGGAGAUUACUGUGAUGUGUAUGCCGUCUGUGGACCCAACGCAAAUUGCAGGAUUACAGAACCACCUGUUUGCCAAUGUUUAAAAGGAUUCAAACCAAAGCCACCACAAGAAUGGAUCCCCUCAAUGGAUUGGAGUCAAGGAUGUGUCCGACCUAAACCAUUAAGCUGCGAAGAAAUCGACUACAUGGAUCACUUUGUUAAAUAUGUAGGACUUAAGGUACCAGAUACUACAUAUACUUGGCUGGAUGAGAAUAUUAAUUUAGAGGAAUGCAGAAUUAAAUGCUUCAAUAAUUGCUCUUGCAUGGCCUUUUCUAAUUCAGACAUAAGAGGAGGAGGUAGUGGUUGUGUCCUUUGGUUUGGCGAUCUAAUUGACAUCAGACAGUAUCCAACUGGCGAGCAAGAUCUAUAUAUCCGGAUGCCUGCUAUGGAGUCCAUCAACCAACAAGAACAUGGACACAACAGCGUGAAGAUAAUAAUUGCUACAACAAUUGCUGGAAUCAGUGGGAUACUUUCAUUUUGCAUUUUUGUCAUAUACAGAGUCCGAAGGAGCAUUGCUGAUAAGUUCAAGACAAAAGAGAACAUCGAGAGACAGCUAAAAGAUCUGGAUCUGCCAUUGUUUGAUCUGCUGACAAUCACUACUGCCACUUACAAUUUCUCGUCAAAUAGUAAAAUUGGACAUGGUGCUUUUGGACCUGUAUACAAGGGAAAAUUGGCCGAUGGACAAGAAAUUGCUGUGAAGAGACUUUCAAGCAGUUCUGGGCAAGGAAUAACGGAGUUCGUAACAGAAGUAAAAUUGAUUGCAAAGCUUCAACACCGAAAUCUUGUAAAGCUUCUUGGUUUUUGCAUUAAACGACAAGAAAAAAUACUAGUAUAUGAAUACAUGGUUAAUGGAAGCCUAGACUCCUUUAUUUUUGAUAAAAUAAAGGGUAAAUUUCUGGAUUGGCCUCGACGCUUCCACAUAAUAUUUGGAAUAGCUCGAGGACUUCUGUAUCUUCAUCAAGAUUCUCGAUUAAGGAUUAUCCAUAGAGAUCUCAAAGCAAGUAACGUUUUACUUGAUGAAAAGUUAAAUCCAAAAAUAUCAGAUUUUGGAAUGGCUAGAGCUUUUGGAGGAGACCAAACUGAAGGAAACACAAAUAGAGUUGUUGGGACUUAUGGAUACAUGGCCCCAGAGUAUGCUGUUGAUGGGCUAUUUUCAAUCAAAUCUGACGUUUUUAGCUUUGGUAUUAUGUUGUUGGAGAUUAUAUGUGGUAACAAAAAUAGAGCUCUCUGUCAUGGAAACCAGACACUUAACCUUGUUGGUUAUGCAUGGACACUUUGGAAAGAGCAAAAUGUUUUACUGUUGAUUGACUCAAGCAUAAAGGAUUCGUGUGUCAUUCCAGAAGUACUGCGAUGCAUCCAUGUUAGUCUCUUGUGUGUGCAACAAUACCCAGAGGAUAGGCCAUCUAUGACCUUCGUAAUUCAAAUGUUAGGGAGUGAGACGGAACUGAUGGAGCCAAAAGAGCCUGGUUUCUUUCCAAGGAGGAUUUCAGAUGAAGGAAAUUUAAGCACAAUUCCAAAUCAUAUGUCUUCGAAUGAAGAAUUAACCAUUACCUCGUUAAAUGGCCGGUAUCCAAUGGAAAUUUUUUCUUUCUUGAUUUUUAUUGUUUCUUAUAUGCUCGUUCCAUCUCUCAAAAUUUCGGCAGCUACCCUCAGUGUGUCACAGUAUGUCACAGACGGUGAGACCUUGGUGUCCAACAGUGGAGUUUUUGAGCUUGGUUUUUUCAGCCCGGGAAAAUCCACAAAGCGUUACCUGGGGAUUUGGUAUAAAAAUAUUACUAGUGAUAGAGCUGUUUGGGUUUUAAACCGGGAAAACCCUAUCAAUGAUUCCUCAGGCAUCUUAACAUUGAGCACCACAGGCAAUCUUGAGCUCAGACAAAAUGACUCCGUUGUUUGGUCUGCUAACUAUAAAGAAGAAGCACAGAAUCCAGUAGCAGAGCUCUUAGACACUGGAAAUUUUGUGGUAAGAAAUGAGGGAGACACAGAUCCAGAAACGUACUCGUGGCAAAGCUUUGACUAUCCUUCAGAUACACUUUUGCCCGGAAUGAAGUUGGGAUGGGACCUCAGAACCGGUCUGGAACGCAAACUAACGUCUUGGAAGAGUCCUGAUGAUCCAUCUGCUGGAGAUUUCUCUUGGGGUCUAAUGCUCCAUAAUUAUCCUGAGUUUUAUCUGAUGAAUGGAACACACAAGUACUACCGCACUGGACCAUGGAAUGGACUUCAUUUCAGUGGAUCAUCAAACCGAACUCUAAAUCCGCUGUAUGAGUUCAAGUAUGUCACUACAAAUGAUCUCAUUUACGCCUCCAAUAAGGUUGAGAUGUUCUACUCGUUUAGCCUCAUCAAGAAUAGUUCUAUCGUCAUGAUAGUCAACAUAAAUGAAACCAUGUCUGACAUCCGAACCCAAGUAUGGUCGGAGGUCAGGCAAAAGUUGCUGAUUUAUGAAACUACCCCAAGAGAUUACUGUGAUGUGUAUGCAGUCUGUGGAGCCAACGCGAAUUGCAGGAUUACAGACGCGCCUGCUUGCAAUUGUUUAGAAGGAUUCAAACCAAAGUCACCACAAGAAUGGAGCUCAAUGGAUUGGAGCCAAGGAUGUGUCCGACCUAAACCAUUAAGCUGCGAAGAAAUCGACUACAUGGAUCACUUUGUUAAAUAUGUAGGACUUAAGGUACCAGAUACUACAUAUACUUGGCUGGAUGAGAAUAUUAAUUUAGAGGAAUGCAGACUUAAAUGCUUCAAUAAUUGCUCUUGCAUGGCCUUUGCUAAUUCAGACAUAAGAGGAGGAGGUAGUGGUUGUGUCCUUUGGUUUGGCGAUCUAAUUGACAUCAGACAGUAUCCAACUGGCGAGCAAGAUCUAUAUAUCCGGAUGCCUGCUAAGGAGUCCAUCAACCAAGAAGAACAUGGACACAACAGCGUGAAGAUAAUAAUUGCUACAACAAUUGCUGGAAUCAGUGGGAUACUUUCAUUUUGCAUUUUUGUCAUAUACAGAGUCCGAAGGAGCAUUGCUGAUAACUUCAAGACAAAAGAGAACAUCGAGAGACAGCUAAAAGAUCUGGAUCUGCCAUUGUUUGAUCUGCUAACAAUCACUGCUGCCACUUACAAUUUCUCGUCAAAUAGUAAAAUUGGACAUGGUGGUUUUGGACCUGUAUACAAGGGAAAAUUAGCCGAUGGACAAGAAAUUGCUGUGAAGAGACUUUCAAGCAGUUCUGGGCAAGGAAUAACGGAGUUCGUAACAGAAGUAAAAUUGAUUGCAAAGCUUCAACACCGAAAUCUUGUAAAGCUUCUUGGUUUUUGCAUUAAACGACAAGAAAAAAUACUAGUAUAUGAAUACAUGGUUAAUGGAAGCCUAGACUCCUUUAUUUUUGAUAAAAUAAAGGGUAAAUUUCUGGAUUGGCCUCGACGCUUCCACAUAAUAUUUGGAAUAGCUCGAGGACUUCUGUAUCUUCAUCAAGAUUCUCGAUUAAGGAUUAUCCAUAGAGAUCUCAAAGCAAGUAACGUUUUACUUGAUGAAAAGUUAAAUCCAAAAAUAUCAGAUUUUGGAAUGGCUAGAGCUUUUGGAGGAGACCAAACUGAAGGAAACACAAAUAGAGUUGUUGGGACUUAUGGAUACAUGGCCCCAGAGUAUGCUGUUGAUGGGCUAUUUUCAAUCAAAUCUGACGUUUUUAGCUUUGGUAUUUUGUUGUUGGAGAUUAUAUGUGGUAACAAAAAUAGAGCUCUCUGUCAUGGAAACCAGACACUUAACCUUGUUGGUUAUGCAUGGACACUUUGGAAAGAGCAAAAUGUUUUACAGUUGAUUGACUCAAGCAUAAAGGACUCGUGUGUCAUUCCAGAAGUACUGCGAUGCAUCCAUGUUAGUCUCUUGUGUGUGCAACAAUACCCAGAGGAUAGGCCAUCUAUGACCUUGGUAAUUCAAAUGUUAGGGAGUGAGACGGACCUGAUUGAGCCAAAAGAGCCUGGUUUCUUUCCAAGGAGGUUUUCAGAUGAAGGAAAUUUAAGCACAAUUCCUAAUCAUAUGUCUUCGAAUGAAGAAUUAACCAUUACCUCGUUAAAUGGCCGGUGA